AUGAGAUGUUUCGGCAUUGACGAGCAUCUGGUGAUGUUUCUCCCCACAGAGGAGCGGGGGGAGCCCUCAGAGGGGCUUCUGUACCGGCAGCAGGAGUCCCACCUUUGUCAGCAGAUGAAGCUGGCCUCUGUCUCCCAGAGCCAGGAGCCCGCGGCCGGCUGGUUCCAGGAGGAGACGGCAACAUGUAGCACAGCACAGCCAUGCCCAGACCAGCCGCAGUACGCCGGCGGCGAGCCGCCCAAGCUUCCAGCUGACCCCAGCAGAAUCCGCUCGCGAGUCCCCGCCAGCAUGCCAAAGCUCUUCAUCCCCUCCACCGUCACCAAGUUCCCGCCGGAAAUCACAGUCACGCCUCCGACGCCCACCCUGCUCUCCCCGAAAGGCAGCAUCUCAGAGGAGACCAAGCAGAGGCUCAAGAACGUCAUCCUGUCCUCCCAGUCCGCCGCCACGGUCAAGAAGGACACCCUGAGCCAGCCGGCGCUGGAGGUGCAGGAGACGUCCAGCCAGGAGUCGUCCCUGGAGAGCGAGUCGGACGAGGAGGACGACUACAUGGACAUCUGA